CUCUCUACUUGUUAUGAUUGACCGCACUUCAUCCAACAACAUUAAACAUGAAUAAUCCGGUACAAAAUGAAAAACAAAAACAAAUCGAAAGCUAUCGAUAUAUUGCAAAGUUGAAAUAGUUUUUGUUCACCAGGCUUAUAAAUACAGUCAACUUGUUUCAAGAGGUAUUGUUGCGGAGACCGGUGAAUAAGAGCGGUCAUUGAUCGGAAAAGUAACGAAGCUGAGAGUGAAACUGAUAGUUUAUAAAUAAUCGUGAAAGCAAAGUAUUUUGGAAAGAAAGCAACGACAAUAUAAGACUCCAAGUUUGCGAACGUAUUUGAGAAAAGCGAAAUAACCUGCGGGCAAAUUCUAGAGUCAAGGGGAACGAAAGUUCAAGUUGUACAUCUAUCUUAAUAAGAGAGUAAAAAAUCUGAAGAUAUUGUUUUAAGGACAUAUCAUCUUGAAGCUUGAAUUGUGAAAUAUCUUAAGUUUAUUCUUAAAUUGUCGGAACGAAGAGAAUAGAAAGGAAUAAAAGAAAUCCUGUUUAUCGAAACUGGAAAAAAAGAAAUAUUAAAAGGAAAGAAGAUAUUGUUUCCAGUGAGACACGUCUGGUUGGUCGAUUUUGCAACUAAAAGGGAAGUUUACUUAACAACCCUGUAACAGUCAUGAACCUUAAAGGAAUGGAAACAUCAAUUCAAUAUCAUUUGAUUCUCCUAUUGCUGCCAUAUUUCACGCUUGUAUUUUCCGUAACACCUGUAAUUGGACAACCAACGUAUAGAGAAGGCCAAUUCACAAAACUCACAACAAAAUGCUUAACUGAUCAGAAUAAAGCAAGAGAAUACACGUCAUCUCUUAAAGAAUGUUCAUUUCGGUGUAUUUCCCGCGAUGAGUGCGAAUAUUUUACCUAUUGUAAUGCCGAUGUUAUAUGCACCGAUUGUUCCACGACAAAUACAUCGAAGAUUAUGAUUGCAACUGUUCAUCGUAUAUUUCGGCCAAGGGAAACGGUAAAGGCUGGCAGAAAGUAUUUGAGGUAAGCGAAAACUCAUUCACAAGAAAUCUUAUUUAUUUAUACUGGGACAAAUUGCCUAUUGAAAAGGUAAGGAAUUUUUGACAUUUCAAAUUUCUCUCCAUUUAAUAAACAAUCUCCAUUUUGGUCAAUCUGCCAUCUUUUGGGAAGAUUUUAUUUUUACCUUUUUCUGUCGAUAUUGC